AUGUUCAAUUUCACAGAUGUGACAGAAUUUGUCCUUUUAGGCUUAACCAGCCGAAAAGAACUGCAAGUACUCUUAUUUGUCAUCUUUCUCAUUGUCUAUAAUGUCACCAUGGUGGGCAACAUUGGCAUGAUGAGAUUAAUUAAGAUCAGUCCACAACUUAGCAGCCCAAUGUAUUUUUUUCUAAACCAUUUGUCAUUUAUUGAUGUAUGGUUUUCUUCCAAUGUCACUCCUAAAAUGCUGGAGAACUUGUUGUCAAAAACAAAAACAAUCUCUUUUGCUGGCUGCUUGGUACAGUGCUUCUUCUUCAUUGCCCUUGUGCACGUGGAAAUUUUCAUUCUGGCUGUGAUGGCCUUUGACAGGUACAUGGCAAUUGGAAAGCCUCUGCUCUAUGGUAGCAAAAUGUCAAGGGUUGUCUGCAUUCGACUGAUUUCUUUCCCUUACAUAUAUGGGUUUCUGACUAGUCUGGCUGCAACAUUAUACUAUGGCUUGUACUUCUGUGGGAAAACUGAGAUCAACCACUUCUACUGUGCAGAUCCACCCCUCAUCAAGAUGGCCUGUGCGGGGACCUUUGUGAAAGAAUAUACAAUGCUCUUCCUUGCAGGCAUUAACUUCACAUAUUCCUUGAUUGUUGUCAUCAUCUCCUAUCUGUUCCUUCUCAUUGCUGUUCUCAGAAUGCGCUCAGCGGAAGGUAGGCGCAAGGCAUUUUCCACCUGUGGAUCUCACCUCACCGCAGUGGGCAUAUUUUGUGGUACUCUCAUCUUCAUGUACCUCAGAAGACCCACUGAGGAGUCAGUGGAGCAAGGAAAGAUGGUAGCUGUGUUCUAUACCACAGUGAUUCCCAUGUUGAAUCCUAUGAUCUACAGUCUGCGGAACAAGGAUGUCAAGGAAGCCAUGGACACAGUGAUUAGCAAGAAGAUCUUAAUAAAAUAA